AUGGCAACCCUGGUCCCGCCUCCGAGUAAACGGCAAAAGGUUGCUGCCUUGGAGAAGGCUGAGAGAAUCGCUGAAGAUGCCAGGAUACCAGAAGAUUUGGGCAGUGUGAGAGUGCAGUUUGUCGACCAGAGUACUGGCAAGACAACCGGUCCAGUGGUGGCAGUGCCAGUCAAAGAUGCCAGUGUGAAGAACCUGGAGACGUUGCUGAAUACGUUACAAGGAAAUGAACCUGACGAACGACUACCAUACCGAUUCUUCUUCCGCAACGAUCGUGCUCCUGCUGAGAACGAGUCGAAUCUCCUCGAUAUCCAAAAUAACAUAUACCAUUCAGUAUUGCGACCAGGUUUCAAGACCACUGAAGACAACAUUACCCUACAGUUCAUUCCGCAAGCUGUGUUCCGCGUACGGGCAGUCACACGAUGUUCGGCGUCGAUAUCUGGACACGGCGAGGCAAUUCUCACUACAGCGUUUUCUCCCGAGUCAUCGUCGAGAAUGGCUACUGGAAGUGGUGAUAAUACAGCGCGGAUAUGGGACUGUGAUACUGGAACACCUAUGCAUACUUUAAAAGGACACACGAGUUGGGUGCUGGCCGUAUCAUGGUCGCCUGAUGGCAAAAUCCUUGCAACGGGUAGUAUGGAUAACACAGUAAGGUUGUGGGACCCCAAGACCGGAGAGGCUCUGGGUGGACCAUUGAAGGGACACACUAAAUGGAUUACGAGCCUGGCUUGGGAACCAUAUCACAACCAGGCUCCUGGUAAGCCUCGCCUUGCAUCUGCCUCGAAAGACGGUACAGUCAGGAUCUGGGAUGUUCCACUCCGACGGAUCGAAGAGCACCUGGCCGGACACAAAGGAUCUGUGACGUGUGUGAGAUGGGGCGGCUUCAAUCGCGUCUUCACCGCCUCGCAGGACAAGACUAUCAAGAUCUGGAACUCGAAAACGUGGAAUUGUCUACAUACACUCUCGACCCACACGCACUGGGUGAAUCACCUCGCACUGUCGACCGACCACGUUCUGCGCACCUCGUUCCACGAUCAUACCGGCAAGGUUCCGGAGACAAUUGACGAAAAGAUCAAGAAGGCGAAAUCUCGAUUCGAAGACGCGGCGAGACAAGAAGGGAAGUUGGUCGAGAAGCUCAUUUCGGCUUCCGAUGACAACACCAUUUUCCUGUGGGAUCCAUCUGCGAUUCCGGGCGACUCCAAUGCUUCGGUCAAGCCAGUCGCACGGUUACUCGGACAUCAGAAGCAAGUUCUGCAUGUGUCGUUCUCGCCGGACGGCUUGUACAUUGCGUCGGCCGCCCUCGACAACAGUGUAAAACUAUGGAAUGCAAGGGAUGGCAAGUUCAUAGCUACCUUGAGGGGUCAUGUUGGUGCCGUGUACUUGGUUGCAUGGUCGAGCGACUCUCGCCUAUUGGCAAGUGCUUCAAAGGAUACCACGGUCAAGGUAUGGGAUGUUCGGACUGGAAAGCUGAAGGAAGAUCUACCGGGACAUAAAGACGAAGUAUUCGCUCUGGACUGGAGUCAAGAUGGGAAAUGUGUGGCCAGUGGUGGAAAGGACAAGGUGGUGAAGUUAUGGAAGCACUGA